AUGGAAUCAAAACAAUUUGAUGAGCUUAACCCCAAAAGCUUGUGGGAAAGAGCGAUUCAACCGAAUUUUGUAAGCCUUAUUACGGAAGAAUAUUGUUGGAUUAUCAACUUACAAACGUCAGGUACAUGGGAAGCUUUUGCUAGGCCAGAAAACAUGGAAAAGAACCGAAACAGCUUAGUCCCAUGUUGGGAUCAUACUAGAGUUAAGUUGACUACAAGUGGAUCCGUGUCAGACUUUAUCCACGCCAAUUAUGUGGACGGUUUUGAAGAGAAGAAAAAGUUCAUCUGCACCCAAGCACCGAAAACCAACACAUUGAUCGACUUCUUCCAGAUGGUCUUUAAUGAAAAUAGUCGCAUCAUCAUCAUGCUGUUGAAUGUGACACACAGUUGCUGUCAGUAUUGGCCUUCCGCAGAAGAUGAUCCUCUACAAGCUGGUCAGUUUACAAUCAAAACAUUUCAAAGGAAGACACUCUCGAAUUACAUUGUGACAGAAUUGAGUGUCACUAAUAAAUUCAUUGGACUACAACGUAGAGUUUACCAUUUUUUGUACACUGACUGGACAGAAGACGGCGCUCCUAACGACGUGGGCAAGUUUUACAAGUUUGUGCUAACAAUCAAUCAUAUGCGCACGGCUUUACAAACAAGAGUAUUGGGUAAUUUUGAACAAACAGGACCUAUCAUUGUGCACUGCUCCACGGGAAUUGGACGAACGGGAGUUUUUUGUGUGAUAGACUACGCCCUCCAUCAACUACGAAAAACUUCAAAAAUGUCUCUACCAAAGAUCGUGAUGAGCAUCCGGCAGCAGAGGCAUUCGAGUGUUGUUAUUCCAGAAGAAUAUUUGUUUUGUUACCGUGUGGUGCUACAUUUUUUGGCUGAAAUGAAUGAUCGACUGCGUGAUAAAGAAAAAAAGGAUUAUUCAGAACUGCCAAAAAUAAAAAAUCAUCCACUUUACAGUUGA